AUGGUCACCAUCUCGCACAUGGUGACACUCCAAUACAAGGAGGAGAAGGCCAUCAUCGUGCCCAUCGAGCUGAUCAUUCAGUAUGAGGAGCAUCAGUACAUCCAGCUGAGGCCCACGAACCAUGCGAUCUGCCAGCUCGUUUGCGGAAGCAACAUUCCGAAGAAUGCAUCCAUAUCAGCAUGCACAAAGUUGCAGGAUAUCAUUCAGAAGAGAAACCAAGCCAUGCAGUCGGAUGAAGCAUCGGAGCAAAAGGACGAUCUCUUUCCAUCCAGCGAUGAGCCCCCAUCGAAGAAGAAGAAAGGCCUGAAGAUUCUGCCGCCCACCGUGAACAUCACGAUCGGCGCCAUCGUGGACUUCAUCCGGGAGGAUGCCAUCGAAGCCAUGCAGCAGUCCAAGAGGAAGUACGUGAAGAAGGCGAUAAUGGAGGGGGACAUGCCAUUAAACAGCAAGACCGAAGCCAUUUUGGCAGUUUUGGAACAUGCCGGGCUUGCAUCGAAGCAGCGACUGCUGCCACGGCAUCCGCUCAUCCAUCCGGUCAAUCGCUCCCAGUCCAUGCUGUCAUAUCACGACGUGUGGUCGAAAGGACAGGCCAUGUCCCUGGUAGGCUUCAAUGUGAAGGUGGUGGAAGGCACCACCAUCGCAUUCGCCAUCAGCACAGAGCCAGAGAAGAGAGCCAUGCAGCUGGCCAAGAACAAGGCAUUGAUCGAGAAUGCCAAGGGGCAUUUGGCGCCCAUGACUGGUUCAGAAGGCUUCUUGACCAUCGGGGGCAGCUAUACAGUUGCAUAUCUUCGCUGCAUCGAAAACGGUGUGGCCGGGCCAUCGGCGGAGUCAAGCACCCAUCCGAAAUCGGAUGCUAUCUGGCGAGCCAUCUCCGAUGGCUGGACAUGGGUGACCACUUCCAGCGCUGUGGAGGUUGCCAUGCUCUUGGCAACAUGCUUUGGCAAAGGCAUGACAUUGGCACAGGCCGUGAAGCAUGCAGAGGCUGCCGAUGUAAGGUGUCGACCAUCCAUUUCGGCCAUAGCUACAUUUGUCCAGAAGUUCUCGGGCCACGCGGGGACAUUCCCCAUCCUCCAUUUCUUGUCGAACUUCAGCAAGGUCCAUUCUUCCAGCAUGCUCCUGGGGGAGGACAUGAUGACACAGAUUGCAACCAUGGACUUCAAGUCAUCCACGAACAUGCAUGGUUUUGCUCGGAACCUCAUUCGCUCAGACAUUGAGCGAUUGAGGAUGCAUGGGGCGUCCAUCAAUUCAUCCAUGAAGGCCAAGGCAAGCACAUUGACGGCCAUCACGUGGACAAUUGCUUUGGGCCUGUGCAUAAGGACCAUCUUGCAUUUAUGCAACAAGGCGAAGACUGGCAGCAAGGAGUGCAAGGAGUUUGCAUCUUUGGAGGCCAUUGUCGAGGCAUUCUCGACAGAGCUCUCCAAGGAUUCCCCUGCAUCGGGUGCAGAGGCAUCGAAGAGCGAUGAGAAGCCCAUGGUGGACGUUCUGUCGGCGAAGCCGCAUGUUGUGGCAUUGCUGCAGAAUGCCCACAUGACCAUGGGCAGCCACUCGUACACGAACAGCAAAGAAGAUGGCUCCAUGGCUUCCAUUCUCCAGAGUGUCAGUGACGAUGGGGCAUGCAUGCGGCACACCCCAUUCUUCGGCGACAGCAUCGACAUCACCAUGGUCACCAUCUCGCACAUGGUGACACUCCAAUACAAGGAGGAGAAGGCCAUCAUCGUGCCCACCGAGCUGAUCAUUCAGUAUGAGGAGCAUCAGUACAUCCAGCUGAGGCCCACGAACCAUGCGAUCUGCCAGCUCGUUUGUGGAAGCAACAUUCCGAAGAAUGCAUCCAUAUCAGCAUGCACAAAGUUGCAGGAUAUCAUUCAGAAGAGAAACCAAGCCAUGCAGUCGGAUGAAGCAUCAGAGCAAAAGGACGAUCUCUUUCCAUCCAGCGAUGAGCCCCCAUCGAAGAAGAAGAAAGGCCUGAAGAUUCUGCCACCCACCGUGAACAUCACGAUCGGCGCCAUCGUGGACUUCAUCCGGGAGGAUGCCAUCGAAGCCAUGCAGCAGUCCAAGAGGAAGUACGUGAAGAAGGCGAUAAUGGAGGGGGACAUGCCAUUAAACAGCAAGACCGAAGCCAUUUUGGCAGUUUUGGAACAUGCCGGGCUUGCAUCGAAGCAGCGACUGCUGCCACGGCAUCCGCUCAUCCAUCCGGUCAAUCGCUCCCAGUCCAUGCUGUCAUAUCACGACGUGUGGUCGAAAGGACAGGCCAUGUCCCUGGUAGGCUUCAAUGUGAAGGUGGUGGAAGGCACCACCAUCGCAUUCGCCAUCAGCACAGAGCCAGAGAAGAGAGCCAUGCAGCUGGCCAAGAACAAGGCAUUGAUCGAGAAUGCCAAGGGGCAUUUGGCGCCCAUGACUGGUUCAGAAGGCUUCUUGACCAUCGGGGGCAGCCAUACAGUUGCAUAUCUUCGCUGCAUCGAAAACGGUGUGGCCGGGCCAUCGGCGGAGUCAAGCACCCAUCCGAAAUCGGAUGCUAUCUGGCGAGCCAUCUCCGAUGGCUGGACAUGGGUGACCACUUCCAGCGCUGUGGAGGUUGCCAUGCUCUUGGCAACAUGCUUUGGCAAAGGCAUGACAUUGGCACAGGCCGUGAAGCAUGCAGAGGCUGCCGAUGUAAGGUGUCGAUCAUCCAUUUCGGCCAUAGCUACACUUGUCCAGAAGUUCUCGUGCCACGCGGGGACAUUCCCCAUCCUCCAUUUCUUGUUGAACUUCAGCAAGGUCCAUUCUUCCAGCAUGCUCCUGGGGGAGGACAUGAUGACACAGAUUGCAACCAUGGACUUCAAGUCAUCCACGAACAUGUAUCCAAUGACCCGAGCCGCCAUCUGGUUGACCCUUUUCGCAUGCCCGAAGAGUCAUGAGAGGGAUGGUUUUGCUCGGAACCUCAUUCGCUCAGACAUUGAGCGAUUGAGGCAGGCAGCAUGCCUGCCCAUGACAACCAAAGCGGGGCAAAUGCUCCAGGAUGCAUGGGGCGUCCAUCAAUUCAUCCAUGAAGGCCAAGGCAAGCACAUUGCGAAGACUGGCAGCAAGGAGUGCAAGGAGUUUGCAUCUUUGGAGGCCAUUGUCGAGGCAUUCUCGACAGAGCUCUCCAAGGAUUCCCCUGCAUCGGGUGCAGACUUGAUGACCAUGGUCGCAUGCAAGAAGAAAGCAGGCAUCAAGCUGACCCCCGUGGGCAACAUCUCCAAGCAUAAAGCAGAAGGAGCACCAAAGGGCACAGCCUUGGAGGCAUUUGGGUCUCAUUGGGUCGUUUCCCCACCGAAGCAGAACAUAUUGUUCGAGGAUGAGAAGCAUCCGUUGGUGCCAUACUUUUGGGUGAGAGCAUGUGCAUCGGAUGCCCAGCCGAACAUGUCAUUUUCCACCAUCGUGCAGGAUGGGGUCACGGUGCCCAUGCUCUACAAUGAGGAGCCCAUCGACAAGCAUGAAGUGUUGCUCCACCCACCCAUGGAGGAGACCGUGGAGGAGCCACCCAAGAAGGCCAAGGCAAAGGCCAAGGCCAAUUGGUUCAUGCCAUGA